GGGGAGAGAGGAGGGAGAGAGGAGUUACCUGCUUUGGCAGGUGAGUUCACCCCUAAAUGUACAGCCAAGAAAACUUUUAAAAAAAGUGACCCCACCUUCUAGUGACUCAACAAAUGUCUGAAGGGGAUGAUCUUGUAUUGCUUCACUUGUCAAGCACCAAGAGAGGAACAUCUCAGCCAUGCACAGAUAAGCAGUCAGAUUUUCUACUCCACCACUUAAAGAAGCUGCUCAAUCCUCCUGAGAGCUUGAACUGUCAGGCGUAUGCAAUGGAUGAAGGCAUCGAUAACCCAAGCUUCACUGCUGCUGGGGAAGUGGGACUGCAGCACAUCGAGAAGAGCAAUGGCACAACACAGCCUCCACCUUCAGAAUGGCCAAAGAGCGACCAACUUCCUAUGGAAGAUCUGGAGGAGUUCCAAGAAGGUCCAUGCGGAUGGGGCAGCUUUAUUCCAAGCUGCCUCCAAUACUGUAACAACCCUAAGGGGUAUUUAGUGAUGUACAGCCUCCUGGCCGUAAUGCAAGGUACUGCUGUAAAUGGUUUAGUAAAUGUUGUCAUUUCCACAAUCGAGAAACGUUAUGACUUGAACAGCUCCCUAACUGGCUUGAUUUCUGCAAGCUACGACAUCGCCUUUUGCCUUUUGUCACUUGUAGUCUCUUUUUAUGGACAAAGAGGACACAAACCAAGAUGGCUCGCCUUUUCAGCUUUUAUGAUUGGAUUAGGAUCAAUUGUGUUUUCUUUACCUCAUUUCUCUACUGGAGUAUACCAGUAUGGAAGCAAAUUUAAUGAUGUAUGUGAAGUCUCAGGAACUAACAGCAGUCUCUUAGAAUGCACAGGGAAGAAAAAAUCCUCACUCUCCAACUACCUUUAUGUGUUUAUUUUGGGUCAGCUGCUUAUGGGCGUAGGAGGAACUCCACUGUACACUCUUGGAACAGCCUUUUUUGAUGAUAGCCUUCCGACACACAAAUCAUCAUUAUACAUAGGAAUUGCAUAUGGAAUGUCUGUAGUGGGUCCAGCUAUAGGGUAUUUGAUAGGAGGGCAGCUUUUAAACUUAUAUAUUGAUUUUGACAAAGGAAUAAAUCCAAAUAUUACCCCAAGCGAUCCAAGGUGGCUUGGUGCAUGGUGGAUUGCAUUUUUAAUUUGCGGCUUGGUAACAUGGUUGCUGAUUGCUCCCUUUUCGUGUUUCCCUAAGCAUUUGCCUGGCACAGCAGAAAUUCAGUCUCAAAGGAUUUCCCAAGCACAUAACAAUGGAAGUGAAAGUAUCGUAGAAGAAAAAAAUCUGGGCAAAAGUUUCAAAGAUUUUCCUAUGGCACUGAUGUUAAUGCUGAAAAACCCAGUUCUUUUAUCCUUAACAUUUGCCAGCUGCUCUGAUGCCUUGAUUACCACUGGAUUUGCAACUUUCCUCCCCAAAUUUAUUGAAAAUCAGUUUUCAUUGACAUCAAGUUUUUCUGCAAUUUUAGGAGGUGGUGUUCUUAUCCCUGCAGCAGCCAUUGGACAAGUUAUAGGAGGCAUCAUUAUUUCUAAAUUCAAGAUUGAAUGCAAAAAUAUAAUUCGGUUCUCAAUAAUAAUGUCUUUUGUGUCAGUUGCACUGAUGACUGUCUUUAUCUUUGCUAAAUGUGGGAAUGACCCAUUUGCAGGAGUGUCCAUUUUAUAUAAUGGAACAGGUAAAAUAGGGGAAAUAACAGCCCCAUGUAAUAGCAACUGCUCAUGUGAACGCUCGUUUUAUGACCCAGUUUGUGGAUCUGAUGGAGUUCAGUAUUUUUCUUCGUGCUACGCAGGGUGUACUUCUACUACAUUAGACGGUAGUACAAAGAUUUACAGCAAUUGCUCUUGCAUUGGAGAACAAGUUCGAAAAAUAGCAAAAUUUGAAGGCAGUUUUAAUAUGUCUGUGGCUACUCCUGGAAAAUGUGAAACCACCUGUACAAGUUUGAUAAUAUUUAUGGUUUUUUUCUUCUUUGUGGUUGUUAGCACAUUCAUGAUUGCAACGCCAAUAACUAUGGCUAUCAUAAGAUGUGUACCAGAUAAACAAAGGUCAUUUGCCCUUGGAGUGCAGUGGUCAUUCAUUCGAUUGUUGGGUUCUAUACCUGGACCGAUUACAUUUGGUGUUCUAAUAGAUAGUAGCUGUAUGUUAUGGAACAUAAAUGAAUGUGGUUCGAAGGGAGCUUGCUGGACAUAUGACAAUCCAGACACGUCAUAUAAAUUGAUUGCCAUCAGUGCUGCAAGCAAAGCCAUAACUAUACUUUUCCUGUUUGUGGCAUAUUUUGUUUACAAACCUCCACAAGGCAAUGCAGAGACUGUGAAGGACAGCGAUAACGAUAAGGUUAUCUCUUCCGUGUCCCUUUGAAUACGGGAAUUUUCGUACAUGCGACCACUUCAGGAAUUAUCGAAUAGCAAUAAUGGACAUGUUUGGUGUAAAUAAUUGUCUUCAUUAACAAAACAGGAAGAAUCAGAUGUCAAGGGUUUCGGAAAUAUUUAAGGAAGAAAGAUGCGCACAAUUUACAAAGAGGAAGAAAAAGCCUUCUGCUGGAAUGAAUGAAAUGUUCUACUGAAAAGUUUUAAAACACUGUACAGAAUUUUACUCAAAGGUUAUAUUAACCUUUUAAACUAGCAUACCGUGUGAAUGCAACCGGUGUAUCAUUUAUCAAGGUCGCUCUUAGCUACAAUAAUCUAGCACACACAAAAUAAAACAGCUUCUUGAUAGCAUUAAGAAUCACUGUAUAUGAUGAAACCGUUGUUAUUCGUGUGAUUUUGAUAAAUGACACUUUGAGUACUUUGAAAGUAAGUAAUUUUGUCAUAAAUGACAAAAUGAUUACUUUGCAGUAAUUGCCUUUUCAAAUUUAGGCCUAUAAUGUGUACAACUCAUAAUACAGCUACCUCUUAUUAAAACACAUUUGGUAGAAAUAUGCUAUUUUAAUAACUUAAGAUGACUUGAGUGUACAGGGGAUUUAUUUUUUAUUAUUAUAAUACAGUUUGUGAGUAGUUUCGCAAGGAAAUCGCAGUCUAAUAAUGGAUCAUUUAGUAAGAGGCAAGAAUAUUAGCUCAUUUAGUUUAAUACACUGGUCUGCUAGAUGUAGCACACAUGGGGUUCUCUAGGGCCAUCAGCAUUUCUGAGGUGUCUAUAUGUUCUUAUAUCACUUGGGACUGGCUCAUCAGGCAUUCAAGUUUGAAGAUCCACCUCAUGAGCAUAACUGUUACCAGGGUUUGACAUAGAGUCUCCAGGUGAAGCCCUGCUUCCCUGGGUCACUGAGUCACUUCCCUCUUUCUCUGGGCAGGGGUGUGGUGUUUGGCCACACCCACUCUAAUCACACUCAAUUUUGUUUGGGUCUAGCCCCACCCAUACAAUGGGAUAACCCUGCCCCCUCAUGAUGCCACUCCCCUAGAAGGGGGAGAGUUCUAGGUAGUCUGCCCUGAACAGUUCCAAGGCCUGUUCAUGAGUUAAAUAGACUGCGUUACAAUAAGUGCAGUGAGGAAAUGAGAAAUACCGAACUGAGUUUACCACAAGUGUUUGUUUUAAUUGCCUUUUGUUUCUAAAUGGAUAAUAAAAGAGAAGCGUUGCCACAUUGUUCAA